GCAUCACUCCUUCUUCCCUGCUGAUGGAAAACCUGUUUCUCAGUUUCGUUUCUCAUUAAAUAAAUAUUUUCUGACAAAGGCUUUCAGGACAUAUGAAACUUAAACCACAGGGUAGAAAGAAAGAUAUCUAUAGACAGCAUUAAAGGAAGGACACUUUCAUGUUCCUGGAGUUCUAUCCAGAACACAGGAUUUUUUUCAAGACUCACUAAUAUCCCCAAGAAACAUGGAGAACAGAACAGAUGCCACUGAAGCAAGGCUGAGAGAACUGAAGGCAUGCUAUCAAGAAGCCAAGAAAUACUCCAAAGUCAACGAAAUUGAGUACUUCCUUCUGUCCAGAGAGGCAGCAAAAGUUAGCAUUGCUGUGAUCGGUCAAUCUGGAUCUGGGGUGUCAACUUUAGUGAAGGCUUUAAUAGGUCAAAAGAAGCAAGAAGCUGCUGUUGAUGAUAAUGAUGACAAAUUCUAUAACCCAGACCCAACUUCAGAGGCAGUUAGGUAUCCCUAUCGUUGGUCCCCUAACACGGUGAUCUGGGAUCAUCCUGGACUAAAAACAGCACAGCAGCCUGAGCAGUACCUCAGCAACAUUAAGGAUGAAUACAACAUUGUCCUCAUUGCAGUCCCAGACCAUAUUGAUGAAUGUCUUCUGAAGCUCAUAACUGCUGUUUACUAUAAAGGCAAGACUGUUUACGUAAUUCGAACUAAAGCCGACAUUGACAUUCACACAGCAAAAAGGCGCCAGAGAUCCAAAUUCAACUGGAAGAAGACAUUAAAGACUAUGAGAGACCAGUACACAGAGAUUCUAGGGAAAGCAAAACUGAACAAAGUCCCAGUGUUCCUGGUUUCUAGUUUUGAACUUCAACAGUUUGAUUUUUUCUGGUUACAGGACUGCCUACAGAAAGAUAUUAUGGGACAUGAGAGAAAAUCUGCAGAUAAUUUUGAUGAGUGGAAACAUACAAGAGAAGACAGCAUGAAAGAUUUCUACACAGCUUUUGAAACUGGUGAAAUGGCAGCACUUGUGGAGAAAAUUCAGUCCAGUCUGUCAACACCUGAGGGGCUCAAACUGGACAUUGCUGUAACUGGUGAGGAUAAAUCAGGCAAAUCCACAUUUAUCAAUGCUCUGAGGGGGCUGCAGUGUGAUGAUGAUGGGGCAGCUGAAAUAAACAUCGUUGAAACAACUAGACUGGCAAAGGCUUACCAACAUGCCAGAUUUCCAAAUGUAACAAUCUGGGACCUUCCAGGGAUUGGAGGGCUGAAGUUUCCACCAGAGCGUUACAGUGAGAAAGUGAGUCUCCACAAUUAUGAUUUCUUCAUCAUAGUGACAGCGGAUUGUUAUAAAUGUGUGCAUUCAACAUUAGUGAAGACAAUACUGUCAAUGGGCAAAAAGUUCUACUUUGUCCGAAAUAAAAUUGAUAUUGAUUAUGAGACAUGUCAGAGACGAGAGAAGCUGAAAGAUGAGAAAAGGCAUGUAUUAAUGACUGUGAAGCAAAGCUGCUUGAAUGCUUUAAAGGAUGAAGGUGUGUUGUCCCCACAAGUAUUCUUAGUUUCCAGUACUAACCCAAGUGUGUUUGACUUUCAGAAUCUUCAGGAUAGCCUGGCGCAAGCACUUGUGAACUUAAAAAAGACUGCAUUCCUGCAGUUGAUCCCAGUAAUCAUUACACAUGUGAUCAGAAGGAGGCAGAGAGAUCUGAUGGCAAUAGCCUGGGCAAUAGCUGAACAGAUCUGCCUAGUGUCAAUUGAAGAUAGUCACAUAAAAGCUGGCUUCAAACUCACUACUAUCCUUUCCUCUUUUUGUGAACAACUUGGUUUGCUAGAACCAUCCUUAAGACAAAUUGAAAAGAUGACAGGGAAAGCAGUUCAGCAACUUGAGUUAAGUAUUAAGUCACCACUUGCCAAAUAUACCAACCAAGAAGAAGUUCUAAAGCUGGUUACAAAAUGCCCAUCCUGGAACUCCACAAUUCAGAGCUACAUUUCAUUCUGGGGCUCUUCAUGCACUGAACCAGUUUCCUUUACUGCCACCUACAAGUUCAUAAAGGAUGCAAUAAGGGAUCUCUCAGAGGAUGCAGAGAGAGUUCUUAAAACAGCACUUGACUGUGACAGUUAAAACAAUCUGAGACAGUAGUAGCUUACAUCCUUUGGCAUUUGCCCUGCACGGACUAUAUAAUCCUUCAUUGCAGCUACUUGGCAUAUGUUGACAUUUUCUGCAUAGAUAGUUAUUUGUCACAGUAUUGCACUUGUAAUGACAAACUGCUCAAUCUUUCAUCACCAGUGAGCACAACAGUCUGUUGCAAACUGUGACCUGCUCUGCUUCAAAUCUCUUUGGAAUGAGCAAGAAAGUUUUGCAUUCUAAGUCAUACUGUUCAUUUUUUGUGCAGUAACUGGUAACAGUAGUAAAAGAUAGUCCUGUAAGGGAAGAACAGUAAAAACAUGCUAGGCAGUUGGUUACCAGUCACAGGCAGAGCUCCACAUUCCUUUACAAAAUCAGUAAACAAAAAGCAUGCCCUUCUCUGUCCUCCAUGUUUACAAUAAAAGUACUGCUUAUACCUCCAGAAAAGGUAACUUGAAUAAUCCAGUUCUGAAAUUAGCUACAUUCUCUGCAACUAUUUGUGAAAAAGCCAUUGCAAAACUGGGACCUGCUUAUUGGAAUAACCUGCCUGCAAAAGUUAAGAACACAAUAGACCCAAAUAACAAUGCUAGAUAAGAUCAAGGAGGAUCUAAAGCAUGGAUACUCUUGUAAAUGCUUCAAGGAAUUGGGUUAUAAUUAAUUGUUGCACUAAGAUUAAAAAUAUAUAUAUAUAUAUAUAUAUAUAUAUAUAUGGGUCUACUACGGAUGAUUGAAAACUCAC